AUGGAAAAUCCUUUGUUAGAUUCAAAUAUAAUUGAUAAAAACAACAGAGAUUAUGUUCUCCUUGCUAAGGUCUCAUAAAAUGAUGAGACUCUUAGGAUCUUGAUUGAUCAGAUGCAGUUAAAGCUUAAAUUUGCUUCAGAGAAUAAAACAUACUUGAAUUGUUCGGCUUGUGAACUAUUAUAUGUUUUAUAAAACCACGAUAAUCUCUAAAUGUCAAUAUUCUACAAAAAGCAACAACAAAAAUAAAAAGAAAAUAGCUCUAAUAAAUGCUAAUAAUGUUAAUAAUUCCUCAACGGAGUGUGUUUCAAAAAGUGUUACAAAUGCAAUUCCAAAUAAAUAAUAUGUUUUUAAAAUGAGGAAUAAAGAUUAAAUUGUCAGAUUUGUUUUUCAGAACUGUGCAAAAGUUGUGAUUCAAACUUAGAAAUUUUUUAAUAAUUUCCAGACAAAUGUACUCAGAAGAAUGUAACUAACUGUCAAAGAUACUUUUACGUUAUAACAAUGAUAAUAAGUAUCAUUCCUCUUUUUGCCAAUAUUCAUAGUCCUAAAUUUCAAGAAAUACAAAUUCUAAUGUUAAUUGCUGGAAUUUCAUUAGUAUAUACUCACGAAAUACAAACCAGUCAUCAUAUUAUUCUUUUACUAAGUAUUCCUUAUCGUAUACUUGGUUAAAGUCUUUAUGAUAUUAAUAAAUUUUGUAGUUGA